GAUCGAAAGGAGAGUAACAGUCAUCGUCGCCUGAAGCCACUAGUAAUUCGCUUGUCGAGAACUGGCCAUCUCUCUAACCGAUCCAUACAUCGUCUCCGGCUUCGACUCCUCCCAAUGCUGCAACAGCUGACCUCUUGCCAACAACUUAAUCGUACCAAACAGACCGGCCCAUUACUUACACACACAGAACGUUUCGAUUCUGAUGGGUCCAACACACAGAACGAAAUUUUUGCAGCUGGUUUUUCAUCCAAUCGUAAUGCUGGACGUAGGCGACCAUCCUUAUUUGCUUGGUUCACGCUUUACGAGGGCAGUGUCUCUGAGGUCGGGCUUGACAACCUCAAGCCUGGCUCCCUAAUAUGGUUCCGCGUCAGGGCCGCCCAUCAACGGUCUUCCUCAAUAUCCUCUGAGGUGGCACCUGGAGUUAUUGGAUCAAUUCCACCAUCCCCUUCGACCGCAAGCCCUAGCAAUAUCUUGAGACUGCAUGAGGCUAAUGAUGAACUCCGAUGGGGCCGUGCAUCAAAAACUCCACUAGAAGUUCAUCUUCCUGCCACUACUCCGGGCCCACCAACAGCAGCACCGCGGCUAGUUGGCAAUCCGGAGCCUGUGCAACUUCAAAUAUCUUGGCAACCUCCUUGUGAUGACGGUGGCGCACCAAUUGUGGCUUAUGAGGCAAGCGGCUGA